UGAUGUAAUCGUUGCAGGUGUUGCGAGUUCAUCAGCAGUUUCUUAUCACUCAAGUGUGCUAGUUGAUAUGGAUUUUACUAUUCCUUUCCAAAUUGUUCUUGUAAGUUGUAUGAUUAUUAUUUGGUCAUUCUAACCCUUUUUCUAUUAAUUUCUUCAACAUAUGUACGUAGAUAUUCAAGUUUCUUUUUCUAUCCAUGCUGUCGUUUGUACCUUCUCGUAUCGUAUAUAUACCUAGUACAAAAGUGGUGUGUAUUUUGCAGCGUGUAUUCGAUUUGAAUCAAGUCAGUAGUUUGUAGUUUUCUGCCUGAACUAUGGCUUCAUAUUUUACUAGCCGUUUCACGAUAUUUCGGUUACCUACUAUUCUAGUGAAACAUAUGAAAAAUGUAUCCACACUGCAAAGAAGUUCGGGCAGAUUGUCACCUCAGCAACGAUAUUGUUAUAGUACAAAGGUUCCGAAAAGUACGAAAGAUUCCCCAGUUGUUCCUACAGGGAAUAAGAUUUUGUCGGACUCUCGAAAUGAAUACCUUACCAAACUUCCUGAAACAAAAGAGGAGGCAAUCAUGUUCGUUGGGAUGUUACGCCACCAUUUGGCUGAAAAGGAGAAGCAAAUCCGUUACAUGAAGCCAUUACUUUCGAUUAGAAGAAAAAUAGAGACCUAUGAAGUGUUGCUAGCGCCCGAACUAACACAAAGAGAUCCAGACUCUUUCUUCAAUCUUGAUCAUAUCAUCCAUAGUCGCAACUUCAUGGAAUUUCACGAAGCGAAGUGGAAAGUCAUUAUAGCCAAAGAUGAUUCCAGCGUAUCUAGAUUAAAAGAUUUAAUUAAUAAUAGUAAGAUUGUUUCGGAAGACGUUUUCUGCAGAAUAAUGGGCAGUUUUUUUUCCUUCGCAUGUGGCAACAUCCCUUCGCUUCCAUUGAGUAGUUAUUCGCCAGAGGAAAUGGAGGUCAUCCUACGAGACCACUAUGAAAUUUACGAUCCUAUGACGAUCAGUUGUGUAACCGAUGUGUUAAUGCACUUAUAAUUAUUAUCAUUUCAAGUUGAAUAAUCUUGUUUUUCGAUGUACUUAAUGUUACUAUUCCCAAUAUUCAAAUACAAGAUGUGACCACUAAAAGGAAACAUUCCUCAGACGGAAGAAACACCGCAUUGUGACUAUAAGUAGUUGUUAAUUACAGAAUAUGAAUUCAUUAAAAUGAAUAUUAAUACUGAUAAAAUUUCUUAAUUAAAAAUUUAUCUUUUAGGAUGAAAUGAUUUUUCAAAACACAGUUUAGUAAAGUAAAGAUAGGCCUUUUUGAGCGUACAUUUCAUUGACAAAAAGUAAAAUGAUUGGAAUCACAGUAUUUUUUCUUACUGCUUCGCAUGUUGCUGCAGCCGAAGUAGCAGGACCGAGGUACUCUUACUUCAAGGACGAGAAUCCUUACUUUUUAUUCUCUCAUAGAACACCUUACAAUAUCACUGCUAAUACUUUCGCAAUACCUAUCAAGUUUCCAACAUGUACUCCUGUUUACAUUUGGUCUUACAUUCGACAUGGAACUCGAUACCCUGAUAAAGAUUUGAUCCUGAAAAUCAAGGAAUUGCCGUCAGUGAGGGAUGAUGCUGUGAAAUUUCACGAAAGCGACAAAGGAGGAUUACAUCCCUUGGAUUUGACGAAAUUGCAAAAAUGGCAAUAUAAUCCUUUGUUAGAGCAUUACGACGUAGCAGGUGAACUGACCAUGGAUGGAGUGAGAGAAAUACGAGAACUAAGUAAAUGGUUCAAAUUGUCGCUAGAUAAAUUAUUGAAUUACAAGAAAUCGGAAAACUUUGUGUUUCAGACAUCAGAUGCUAAUCGUUCUAUUGAAAGUGGCAUCCAUUUUGUGAACAUUUUACUCGACACAACUGGUUAUAACAGAUACGAAAAUAAUGAAAUUCGCAAAAAUAAAAAAUUACUUCGAUUAACUGAUAACUGUCCAAAAUAUCGAGCAGAAGAAGAGAAACCUUCGGUAUUACAAGAAUUAAACCUGUUUAAAGUUUCUGCCGAAAUGAAUAAGACUCUACGCGAUGUUAGCAGAAGACUUGGAUAUGAUACGAUUCUUCCUUAUGAUGUUGUGGAAGCAAUAUACGUUUGCUGUGCUUAUGAAAGUGGCACGAAUCGAAAAUUCAAAUCUCCUUUCUGCUCGGCUCUUCGUAAAGAAGAUUUUAAAGUUUUCGAAUACAGAGAAGAUUUAGAAAUGUAUUGGAAAAAAGGAUAUGGGAACCAAUUCACUGAAAAAGUGGCUUGCCCACUUGUACGAGAUAUGAUGAGAUCGCUUCAGUUCAUGGUGGAAAGAAAUUCAACGUCGAGAAAUGCUAUCAGAGGAUCAUUUUAUUUUGGUCAUCUAGAAAUGAUAAUGGCAAUGUUUGUGAAAUUCGGAUUAUGUUUCGAAGAAGAGCCUUUAAGGCAUGACAAUUAUGAAAAAAUGAAAGAAGAUCGUAAAUGGAGACUUUCGUAUAAUGGAACAUUUGCUUCAAACCUGAAUGCAAUAUUACUUUCGUGUACUUCAAAAAAACUCUCCGAAAGAUACCAUGUGGUAUUUUAUUUUAACGGUCGAGAAAUUGUCUUGCCCAAGUGUGGGAAGAGUCCUUGUCCAUGGAGUGAACUUAAAUCACAUUUUGAAACGGUUUUCGAUGAAAGUCAAUGUAAUGCUGAUUUCUGUAAUGAAUGAUCGAGUCAGUGAAUUUGUACUUUUGAUUAAUACUCCAUCUUAUUUACGUUAUCAGUAUUACAUUUCGUUUAUAAUAUUGUUA